AGUUCAACGUAUCUGAGCUAGGACAGCUGGUUAAAAUCACUAUUAUAUUUUAUCUUAAUUAGCUGUUCUCGAGUUAACACACUUUUUCCAAAGCAGAUUCUAACACAUGUUUCUUCUCUCAGCUAUCUGGGCAAGUGGUGGAGGGGGCUGUUUAGAAAACAGUCAGGAAAUCAGGUUGGCCCAAGGCAGGGGGUGGGACUGAGCUCUUGACAGCGAGGCGCAGGGCAGUCUACUUCCUUGAGUGCAAACACACCAACUGAGAAAGCAGCCGCUCCUUAAGGUCUGCAGAAUGUUUCACUACUGCCUCUUGGCUCUAUUGGGGACAUCAUGUAUGUGGGACACAGGUUCAGCUGAGGAGUGUGCCAGCUUCACAGAUCUGGACCUCCACCACGCCAUUGCUGGCACCAGUCUGGACGUGCGGCUGCUCUUGUACACCCGUGCCAACAUCACCAACAUCACCAACAUCUGUGCCCAUGAGCUGAACCACCUGAAUCCCUUCUCCCAACCCGAGCUGAAUGCCAGCCGGCCCACCGCCUUCAUCAUCCACGGGUUUCGACCCACCGGCUCGCCGCCGGGCUGGUACGAGCUGCUGGCAAGGCUGCUGUUGGAGCGGGAUGACCUCAACGUGAUAGUGGUGGACUGGAACCGCGGCGCCGCCAACAUCAACUACUUCAUCGCAGUGAAGAACACAAGGAAGGUGGCCGACAACAUGACCGCCUUCAUACUGAAGAUGGAGGAGCAUGGCACACCUCUGAGUGCAUUCCAUCUGAUUGGUGUGAGUCUGGGGGCUCACAUCUCUGGGUUCAUCGGAACCAAGCUCAAUGGGUCCAUUGGCAGGAUCACAGCAUUGGACCCAGCUGGGCCUGAGUUCACGGGCAAGCCCCCCGAUAGCCGCCUGGACCCCACAGACGCUCAGUUUGUGGAUGUGAUUCACACGGACAUGGAUGCUCUGGGCUUCCGUAAACCACUUGGUCAUAUAGACUACUACCCCAAUGGAGGAGGAGACCAGCCAGGAUGCCCCAGGACCAUUCUAGCUGGAUCAGCAUAUUUCAAAUGUGACCACCAGAGGUCAGUGUAUUUGUUCAUGAACUCCAUCAACAGGACGUGUGAUCUGAUUGCUUACCCGUGUGAGUCCUACUCGGACUUCCUUGACGGGAAAUGUCUGGAAUGCGACAAGUUCAGUGGAGAAGGCUGUCCAUGGUUGGGUUAUGAUGCCACCAAGUGGAAAGACACCCUGGUCAAACGUGGACAAACAAAGACCUACUUCAGUACAAACAACUGGUCCCCAUUUUGCAAGACUGGCUACCGGGUGGACAUUGUGACAUGGAACUCUGAGACACGCUGGGGUUUCCUGACGCUAAAACUUCACAGUAAAGAUCAGGAGAUCGAGACCAGGAUAGACCACAAAGCAGCUGAGUUUAAACUCUACACAAAGCAAAGCCUGCUGGCCCAGUUUGACAGAGACCUGCAGCCCGUGGAGCGGGUGUCCAUCAGCUUCUCCACAGGAAAUGGCCUGAAGCCACGCUACAAGUUGCGCGUUCUCCGCAUCAGUCUCACUCCACUGCACGGCAGGACAUCACUGUGUCGGUAUGAUCUCGUGCUGGAGGAGAGCAAAGAGGUGACCUUCAGGCCUAUCCCCUGUGAAAACUCCAACUUCUGAACCAAGACCAGACCUUUGCACAGGGCCAGCGUGGAAAAUAAAACCACUGCUGGAUUCGUACCAGUCAGCUCCACAUAGCUCUCUGCUGCCCUCUGCAGGCCUAAUACAAGAACUGUGGCCUCCACUCAUCCCUUCCUGUGUCACUUUACAGCUCAGAUUGAGCAUGCAGUAGACAGACAGGCAAGGACAUGUCUGCGUCAUAAGAGGACUCUGUUGACUCCUGCAUCACACCUUUGGAGCUCAGAAUGACACUCUGAGGAGAAGCAGUCUGGUAAAAACAGUAGGCACUAUCUAGACCUUUAUAAGUAUACGUAUGUACAGUACAGUGUACAUAUCAUUUGUUAGGAAUGUUAUAUAGGCAAAAAUGUAAGUAUCUGUAGACUUGAAAAGGGACUGACAGUUCUAAAUAUUCUGUUUUGUCCUUUUGUAAAUUCUGUCGUCUUGCAGUGUAAUUGUCUCUGUUUACUGGUGUCUGUGGAACUCUUUUUGUAUGAAGGCAACAUUUUAAUGUAAUUAUGCUUGUAAGUAUGUGUAAUAUAAUUAAAUAUGAAUUUUAUUAAUCUUUUUAUACAGGUAA